AUGUCCCAGGAACAUACACCACCAGUGACUGUCUCUUCUGUCACCAGUCAGAAAUCCCUCAAGACUGUUUCUCCUCCAGCCCAUAUCCAGCAGGAGCAAGUAAAACAGCCAGCUCCACUAUCUGCCCCAUGCCAGAAGAUGCCCUCCGAGCUGCCAGUGCAGGGCCUCUCAGAACUCCAGGAGAAACACACAACCCCUGGAAAGGGACAGCUGGAACAAAAGUGUGUGCAAGAGCAGCAGACCCUGGAGCCUCAGGAGGGGCAUCUGAGACAGCAACAGCAGGAAUUGCAGGAUCAGAAGUUGCACCAGGGGCGGCAGCAGCAGCCGCCUCAGGAGCAGAUGCUGCAAUUGUGUCCAAAACAGCAGCAGCAGGAACCUCAGGAGCAGAAGCUGCACCUGGGUCAGCAGCAGCAGCAAGAGCCUCAGGAGCAGAAGCUACACCUGGGUCAGCAGCAGCAUCAGCAAGAGCCUCAGGAGCAGAAGCUGCACCUGGGUCAGCAGCAGCAGCAAGAGCCUCAGGAGCAGAAGCUGCACCUGGGUCAGCAGCAGCAGCAGCAAGAGCCUCAGGAGCAGAAGCUGCACCUGGGUCAGCAGCAGCAGCAAGAGCCUCAGGAGCAGAAGCUGCACCUGGGUCAGCAGCAGCAGCAGCAGCAAGAGCCUCAGGAGCAGAAGCUGCACCUGGGUCAGCAGGAGCAUCAGGAGCCACAGGAAUUGCGCCUGGGCAAGAAGCAGGAACAAGAACCACAGAAACAGGGACCAGAGCUGGGGCAGGUGCAACAGCAAGAUCCACAGAAGUUGGAGCUGCACCAGGUACAGCAGCAAUAUCAGAACCCGCAGGAGCAGGAACUUUACCUGGGCAGGAAGGAACAGCAGGAGCCACAGGAACAGGAACGAAACCAGGAACAGCAGCAGGACCUGCCCUCCAACCAGCAGCUGCAACAGAAGCCUCCAGAGCAAAAACUCCAUCUGGGACAGGAGCAGGAGCCACAGGAGAAGGACCUGCACCUGGGUAAGAAGCAUCCACAGGAGCCGCAGGAACAGAAACCGAAGCUAGGGCAGCCACACCUCAGACAACAGCAGCCACAGAAGCUGCAGGAGCCAGAACUGCACCUGGGCAAGAAGCAGGAGCGAGAGCCACAGGAAGAAGAGCAGAACCUGAAGCAGCCAGAGCUCUGCCUGAGCCAGCAGCCACCACCAGAGCCAGAGCUGCAUCUGGGCAAGAAGCAGCAGCAGGAAUCACCACAAGAGGAAAUGAACGUGGACAAGAAGCAGCAGCACAAGUCACAGGAGCAGGAACUGAACCUGGGACAUCACCAGCCACAUCCUCCACAGCAUGAAGACCAUCAGGAAACGGAAAGCCAAGAUCAGCAACGUAAGGGAAAGAAAGCACAAAAGGAGCCCCGGGAAGAGACGCGACGGCUCUUAGACCCACAACUGGAUCAUGAGUUAGAAAAGAGAGAUGAGAAACAGGGAGAGAUGAAGGAGCCAUUGCUGGAGCAACAGGAGCAGCAGGAGAAGCAGCUGGAGCAAUCAGAGCCUGCCCCCAUCCCUGGCCAGGUUCAAGAGGCCCAGACAGUCCAACUACUGAAGGGAGAAAGUUUGCUCUCCACGGGGAAACAGGAGCAGAAGCGGGACAUUCACUGA